AUGGCUGACAUUCUCACGCAGCUCCAGACUUGUCUGGAUCAGCUUGCAACACAAUUCUACGCAACACUUGGCUAUCUCACAACAUACCACGAUAAUGCCCCCACAACACCGCCCAAUGUCCCCAACGCAGUACCGGCCCUAGCCAAGAUCACUAAGAACUCGACAACGCCACCGGUCCCAGCAGCCAUCGCAAACAAAGUGGGGGGUGCAGCUGCUGUUGCAGGAAAUGCAUCACCCCCACAUGCGCCUCCUCAACAACCUGGAGCUGCGCCAGGAGCAGCACCAGAAGGUGGAGAUCCCAACCUUCCUCCUGCGCCGGACUCACCCAGAACAUUUGCGAGCCGGCAGCGGGAGCUUGCGCGCGACCUUAUUAUCAAGGAACAGCAGAUCGAGUACCUCAUAUCUGUGCUUCCUGGGAUUGGCGCCUCUGAAGCUGAGCAAGAAGCUAGAAUCCGGGAACUGGAGACAGAACUUAGAGAAGUUGAGAAGGAGCGCGCUGCGAAAGUCCGGGACUUAAAGAAGUUGAGGACUCGGCUCGAGGAUGUCCUGGGCGCGGUGGCUGUGGGCAUUUAUGGAGAUGGGUAUCCUCAAAAGUGA